UUUUUGUUCUAAUUCUCAACCAUAGAACUUUCUUUUGUUCUAAUUUAUUUAUUUAAUUCCGAUUGUAAGAACUUUACUCUCUCGAAUUGGAUGUACGUACAUUUGUUAUAUAUUAUUGCUGCGUGGUUUACUUUAUGGAUUACCUACUGGAUCUGUUUGAAUGAUUUUGAUCGAUUCUGGUGUUUAACUGACUAUCUUUGAUUGAGUCCUGUAUGAAUAGGAUUGCUUUAACGGUGGUCUAUGAUAAAAAAUUUAAAACAAAUUUUUUUAUAUUUUUUUUGAUUGACUAUUUUCCGUCUGUUGCAAUUCGGGUUUGAACUAUGUAUAAUAUUUUGUUUUGCCUCUGAUUUGGAGAUAUUAUCUGCUUAAUUUUAUGGUUUCUUUGUGUAUGUGGACUAUGUAUGUAUGUAUUUAGUUCAUUUGUGAGGAUAUGGAGGAUUGCAAGGCAAAAACUUGGAGCUGGAGGAUUUCCUGUUCCGAUUUUAGAACAAUCCUCGCAGAGGAUACCGCAGCCUGCAGUAUCCGUGUUGAGAUGUUAUUCAUCUGCUACCAAAGAGAUGAAGAAGAUCACUGUGCUGAGGUCCACAAUAACCAAUAUUCAGCCUAAGGUAGGGUCCAUACUUCUAACUCUUUUAGUGUUGAAUUUCUUUUGUGGUGUGUAGUGUGGCUAUGUAAUGAUCAGCUGUUGCAACCGCUGCUUCUGAUAGAUCUUACUUGGAUUAACACUUGAAAAUUUCUCUGUAACCAUAUAUAUUCUAUAUCAGGGAUUCAAAUGUGGGUCUGACAAACGUAACCCAUUGUCUCUGUGAUUGAUUUGAAUAGAAGUAGCUAAAUCAGUUGCACAAUAUUAUCUUGAAUAGUAUGAUUACCCAAUUCUAGAAA